AUGGCUAUUCAGCGUAUGUUAUGUCCCGACACGUUGUUCUUUACUCUCCGGCUUUGUUGCGGUUGGGUUUGCGCUUGUGAUGUGCUGACCGCGGGGGCAUGUGCGGCUGUGCCUUCCGCGUUCAGUACUGUUGUGGUUAAUAACGCUUUUGGGGCCCCUGCGGAGUCGCGCGUAGGCGGGUUGCGCCGGUCAGGUUUUGUUCUCGUUGUCGGUCAGUAUUCGGUCAGCCGGUCGCGAUCUGUGCGUGCCGACUGGGAUGUUGCUGUACGUUCACUGAGCUGGGUCUGGGCUGGGAUUUGUGGUGUUUGGCUCGCAUGGGGGUCCGAGUUGGGGAACGGGGAGCAAAUCCGCCUUUUGGGAGGCCAUUUUUCUUGGACUAAGCCAAAUUGGCAAGACUACAGAAUUGAGCAUCCCGCAGUCGUUAGGCAUGUGAAGCGUUUGCAGGAACUGGGAUUAAAAGACCCCUGGGUGAGAAAUUACGUGUGGGUUUAUUCACCCCGCAUUUACAAAACACCCUGGCAACUGUGUAAAAGUUGCUUCUUCAAUCGGCUGCCACAGGGGCUUGCAAUCGCUGUUGCGUACACCAUCGGACAAACAGCCUUUUUGAAGUGGUAUAAUGAAAGGGGCUACGGUGAAGCGCACGCUCAUUAG